GUCGAUUCUUAAGUGCGCAAGUUGAGUACACUACCUGGUUAAGUUAAGUCUGUCUAAGUUGAAGAUUCCAAGAGUGACGACUGUGAUUUUUUUUAGUGAAAUAUAUUUAAAUUAUUAAAAUGUAUAGACAAACGAUAGGUUGGGCUUUUUUCUCCCUUUUGGUUAGCAGUUCCAUAUUGAGUACUCUUGCAUUUCCCAACAACCAACCCCAAUACAAACCAAUUAGUGAACACAAAGAAGAUGGCUUUGUACCAAUCAGUAGUCCACAAUUACCAUCUGCCAGAAUAGAAAGGAAAUUUGCCGAAAAACCAAACUCCAUCAAGAAAGUGGCCUUAGAUGAUUUGGAUGACGUUUCCACAAAUCAGAUUUCAGAAUCCACAGGUGGUGGAUUUUCCUGGUCCAAUCUAUUGGCAGGUCCCUUUGCAGGCAUGGUUAUGCAAAUGAUCUUCAAUCCAGGUCAGGCUCAAGGCCCCAACAAGUCCGAAGGUUUAGACGAUGGUGCUAUUGCCCCAUCACCAUGGGCCAACCUCCUCUCCGUCGGUCUUAAAAUCCUUACAGCCAUUUUGGGUGGAGGCGCCAACACCGCUGGAGAUGGUAUCGAUAAAGUUGACAAUGGUGUGGCCGGUGGACCAAUGCAGGGUGUAUUGGCUGCCGUUUUUUCUGCUGUUGUGGGGGACAGGAAUCCAGAACAAGUCAACACUAUGGCCAAACAGGCUGGCGAGUUUAUUAACAUUGUGGUGAAUCUUUUGGAUGCCCUUAAAACUUCAUUUUCUCAUCGUUCAAUGGCGGCCCGUAAUAUCGGCAAGAAAGAUUCGAUUAGUGAUGCUGCUGUAGCUGGUAUUUCCAUGAUGAAAGGUUACGUGAGGUCUAUGUCCACAGAAGAUAGCAAAUGCAUGCAGAAAUACAUGUGCCAAGCAAACAACGAAUGUUCUCAUGAAAUUGGACAGAACUCUUUAUUCUGUCAUUUGGGAACAUAUGCUGCCAGUUUUGUCCUGGACCGUUCUACAGGAUCAGCUACUUUUGAUGUUCUCUACGAAGCUGGAAGGAAGGGUAGAUCCGGUGGAAAUUGCCAUGAUGCCUACUUAGAAUGUAACGAAGUCUAAUUCAAAAUUAUCACACAAUCAAAAGUAUUCCUUGGCUUCUUUCCUUUAAGAAUACCAAAGAAUUGAAAAACGAUAUACCUAAUUAAGUUUAAACUCCUUUUUUGGAUACAUUUCUUUAGUAUUUUUAAAGGACAUACUACUUGAAUAAUUUAUUUAUUUGUAAAAUAGUAUUUAUUUUUUACAUAAUGCACGUGUGACUUUUGACAAAAUUGAAGUCAUUUUUUGAACUCAAAAUAAUCCAGUGAAAUUUUUAACGUUCUGGUUCAAAAAACGGUAAGUCAUAAUAUGUAAAACCCGACUGGUCAAAAAAGUUAAUAAAAGGUUACGUGGUUAAAAUCACUUAGAAUCGUAGGUAUUUAUAGAUUUGGUAAGACUGCUUGUAUGAAUUGUUGGAUGAAAGAGUGCAUGACUGGGUUGUAUACAGUAUAAAAAAUACGAAAUAUUUAUUGUUUCUUUAUUUAUUACCAAAAUCCAUUUUUAUAACUUAUAUUAAACCCGGAUUGUUAAAAUAGAUUUAUUUGUAAUGUUAUUAUUAAAUGUUUAUUUUAA